CGGAGCCCCGGCUUCCGGAACUUUGUCUACCCCUCCCGGUAGUUACAGUGUAGGGGCUGGUGGCGUCUUGGCUUUUUCGCUGGUGAUGGCCGCCUCUGUCGCUAUGGAGACAGAUGAUGCUGGAAAUCGACUUCGGUUUCAAUUGGAGUUGGAAUUUGUGCAGUGUUUAGCUAACCCAAAUUACCUUAAUUUUCUUGCCCAAAGAGGUUACUUCAAAGACAAAGCUUUUGUUAAUUAUCUUAAGUACUUGCUUUACUGGAAAGAACCAGAAUAUGCCAAGUAUCUAAAGUACCCUCAAUGUUUACACAUGUUAGAACUACUCCAAUAUGAACACUUCCGCAAGGAGCUGGUGAAUGCUCAGUGCGCGAAAUUUAUUGAUGAGCAGCAAAUUCUGCACUGGCAGCACUAUUCCCGGAAGCGGAUGCGCCUUCAGCAAGCUCUGGCAGAGCAGCAACAGCAAAAUAACACAUCAGGAAAAUGAAAAGCUGGAUCCAGACCAGACUCCUAAGACUGUAUAUAUUGCUUUUGUACAAUGAAGACAAAGACUCAUCCUACCUACUUUUAUUGUGUUAGCACCUAGUACCUUUAGUGUGCUAUUUAAUCCAUCUGACUUUUUAUUAAUAGAUUUGUUAAACCAAA